GCGAAAGUGAGAUUACAGGUGGACGAAGGACGAUGUGAUGGUUCAGACAAACGGAAAGGAAACAUGGAAUUGUGUUUUAUACGCGGUCUCCUUUUCGUCGCCCUGACAGCUACGACAUUUGGAGACGAUGGACAGGUGACGUUUGUGUCCGAGCUCUCGUCCAAACCAGCACAGAAGUUGUCAAAGUACGGCUGGUUCGGCAACGUGAGGCUGCAGAGGUUUCAUAUACCAGAGGAGACUGCGGUUGCUCGCUGGCUGUUCUCCGUGACCAAGGGCCACAAAUUCAACUGCGGCCAGCACAACGUCACCAUCCAUAUUCGAUGGGGUGCCCCUCCAGUUAUAAAUCCGAUAGGGUCCGUGUUCCCCAAUGCAACUCUGUGGAGCCCUUGUCUAUCUCUGACCCUACCGGUGACAUCACACAGCUCCACGACAUUUAACCUCUCCAAUCCUGCGUCAGGUGAUUGGUACGUCGGUGCCCACCUGCCUGAGGACGAUGGGCGCAUAGAGCAGAAGGGCUUUCCGUCAUGCUCCUACUUCUUCCAGCCUCAGCUAUCAAUCAGGAGAGCAGUGGACACGCCCAUUUUACAGCAGGGCACAUUCCUCCAGCUCACCGCAGCUCCAGACAAACCUGCACGCCUUAAGUUUUACGUUCCAGAGUUUGCCUCGUCUCUCUCUGUUUCUGUGGCCGACUGUUCUUCAGGGGAGGGAGGGGCAGACAGUGGAAACUGCUCACUGGUCCUCAGGCUCGGCUCCACCUCUCUGCAGGAGGGCCCGGUCACAGUGAACUGCUCAGGGAUAAGCUGCUCUGCGGCUCUCUCUAGCCCUCCUUGGGACACGUGGUUACGAGUCGUCGUGGAGAGCGGCCAAGAUAACCGCACUGUGACGUUUAAUGUUGUCUCAAACUACACAGUGGGAUGCAAGCCAAAAAGCGUGGGCCUUACAGCAGAUGAUGACAUCAACAAGCUCCGUGGCAAUAGCAGCUAUACCAACGCCACAUCGGCAGCUAACAGCUCAGCAGUAACAGAGCCAGUUGCCUUUAGGAACGAAUCAGCAUCACUGUUAUCGCUCUUGCCGGCGUCUGCAUGCGUGUGGAGCAUCCCCGUGCUAUAUGAGGAGGUGGACGUCCUGUCUCUCCGAUUCACCCCCGUCAACGGACCCAACGUCAGCGUCACGGAUACACACCCCACACUGCUCACCUACCCCCUCUACGCACAAGCCACCGGAGGCACACUCAACCUACAGCUAACACUCAACACUACUAAUGUAACCCUGGGGAACAGCAGCAGCGUGGUGGCCUGUCUCUCACCCUGGGCUCCAGUCCUUGAACUCAACCAGUCUCAGCCAUGUCGCACAGCUUUGUAUGGAGGAUACGGUGUUAAUGUGAAUGCCAGUGUUCCCAAAGCUGUGGUCCGGUUGCCUUUUCCUCAGUCAACAACAUGGUACCUCACUUUACAGCUCAUAUGCAACAGCAGUGACUGUGGUAAUCUGUCAGUGGUGUCUGUGGUCCCAGAGGUUUUCAUCAGUGCCUGUGUAGAGGACUGUGGGACAUACGGCGAAUGUAGACUACUGAGAUCCUACAGCUAUCUGUAUGCCGCCUGUGUCUGCAAAGCUGGCUGGAGCGGUUGGGGCUGCACUGACAGUUCGACAGCUCAGUCAUACAGUCGCCAGCUGACGGCCACUCUGCUGCUCACGUUCAGCAACCUUUUCUUCCUGCCUGCCAUCGUGGUGGCCGUCAGACGCUACUACAUCACCGAGGCCUCCGUCUACCUCUUCACAAUGUUCUUCUCCACGUUCUACCAUGCAUGUGACCAGCCAGGUGCAGCCGUACUGUGUAUAAUGGACUAUGAUGCCCUCCAGUACUGUGACUUCCUGGGUUCAGUCUGUUCCUUCUGGGUAACCAUCCUGUGCAUGGCUCGCAUCGGAGACAUAUUUAAAUAUACUCUGUUUAUGCUCGGGGCUCUGCUGAUAGCCAUGUCAAUGCAGCUAGAUCGUAAAGGCCUGUGGAACCUGCUGGGCCCCAUCCUCUGUUCCAUACUGAUCAUGGUUACUACUUGGGUGUACCGAGGGGUGCGGCAACGACACUGCUACCCACCUUCGUGGAAACGAUGGGUCUUCUUCCUAAUCCCCGGUGUGCUCUGCGCUCUGAUCGGGGUGUGUUUGUACAUUUUCGCCGAGACAGAGGACAACUACUACUACACGCAUUCGCUGUGGCACAUCCUGGUGGCCACCUGCGUUGUGUUCUUGCUGCCGCCGAAGGAGAAGAACAGGGAGGCGUUCGGCUGGACCAGGGGAUGGAGCUGGAGCUGGAGACCCCGGGUUUGUGGAUACACACUCUGUCAGAGCAGCAAGGAUGAACUCUACACAGUCACAUAGUGAGACAUGAGACACUGUAAAAAAAUAAAAGGGACAAGGCGUCAGUUGUCAGACAGCUGUGUAAGCGCUACAAACAUUCACAGAAGGUACAAAGACAUACAUAAAGCACAGGGUGUCUGCUGGUGAUGACAAAAUCUUAUAAUGUCUUUACAUUUUCUAAAUGACUUAAAUAAAGCAUUUAAAAUCAAAUGUAGAUGUAUGGUUAAUGUCUACUGCAGACUUAUAUUCUCAUAGGUCUACAGUUUUCAUAUUCACAUUCACUUCAGGUUUUAAGCUGUUCUUAUAUUUGUUCUAAUAUGGAAAGUAAAAAAACUUUGCAGACAUCCUGAAACACACACACACACACACACACACUUGCACACACACA